UUUGUGAUAAAAUAGAAGGUUCUCCACGGGAUGUGAGAUGUCUCGAUCUGAGCAAUAUGAGUACAAGCCAUAUCCGGGGAAGUUCCAAUGCAGGCGUAGAUUAGGGUGAGUGCCGAUGGCUCUUUUCGAGACAGAAGCGAAGUCAAAACUGCGACACACUUGGCAAAGCUCCAUGAUUAAUCGGCUAUCACAGCUAAAAUGCUAGUGCUAUGGCGUUAUGGGUUUGUUUUGCGAUAUUUAUUGUAGUCAUCAAAGGUGCCUCAGCGAACUUCACCGUUUCCGAUAAAACACGUGAUCAGAUGCAUGGAAUCGUUCUGGAACAAUACCCCGCUCAAAUCAUACAUGCAUUCAAUCAACUGUUCAGGGUCGAUGAGUCUAUGUUGAUAUGGGGAGUGUGCUAUGGGGAGAAAAGGGGGAGGAAAGGACUUGCAAUGUGCACCUUGAGAAAAGAAAAUUUGAAACCCCCCCCCCCAGACUUAGUGGAGUGUAAUAUGAUAAUGUUUUCUCUCGGGCAUCUGCUUGUACUGCUGUCUUUUAUCCUCCGCGACCUCCUCUGCAACCUCUCGGCCCUUCGAGGUCGGUCGCGGAAGAAUUUGAGCUCAACUUGUUUUCCAUUGACUCAUAGUACAUAACUUGCAAGUGACCUAAGAAUUGAUGCCGUUGCUUUAUCGACCGCUACCUACCAAUUUCGCCUGUGAGAUUCUAAUAUUAUGAGGGUGCACACUGUCCACGAGACAUAUCUGACAAAGAAUCAGCGUGGGCAGUCACGGAGCUAACCU